ACAGAUAUUGAUGAUGUCAGGAAGCACAAACCAGGUUACCUUGAGGCUACGGUUGACUGGUUCAGAUUAUAUAAAGUGCCUGAUGGUAAACCGGAAAAUCAGUUUGCUUUUAAUGGAGAAUUUAAAGACAAGGAUUUUGCUGUUGAAAUUAUUAAGUCCACCCAUGAAUACUGGAAAGCUUUGCUUCAUAAAAAAGCUGAUGGAGGUACUAUUAAGUGCACGAAUGUUCUCGUGAGUGGCAGCCCAUUUUGUUGCAGUGAGGAGGAUGCCCGGUCGAUUGUGCAGUCGGCACCAGUGCCAGUGAAUGGAGAUUCUGUUUCCCUGGAAGAACAUGUGGUUUUCAUCAAGAAAUAA